AUGUGCAUCAAGCACGUCCAGUUCUACGAGUGCCCCUCCGAGUUCAGCCAGGACCCGCCCAGGAAACACCGCGUCAAGGCCAACGUCCUCUGCUCCAACGUCUUCCCGUGCCCGGAGCAGCAAUGGGAGAAGCGCCUCAGCCGGUACGACUUCAUGUGCCCGGGCUGCUCGGGCGAGUCCCCCGCCGUGCCGCGGAACACUCCCGUCAGCGACGAGUGGACCCGCAACGAGCUGCAAGACGAGGCCUGGGUCCACGGCUACCUGUCCGAAUACUGCAACUCGGUUCUCCUGUGGAUCCGGGGCCAGUGGAACACGGACGACGUCUCCGCGACGGGGAUGGCCGAAUCGUGGUUCAGCGCCUUCUUCAUGGAGCGCCGGUGCAAGGAGAACGACCACCGCGUCGGGGAGUGCCGGUGCGAGGCCAACGGGCCGCUGGCCUACUUUUACAAUCCAACCACGGCGGCCCGCCGUCGCCUGACAGACGUUGCGGCGGAAAAGUUUGAGAACGACGCGCGCGUGCAGAGCCGCACGAUGCAAAAUGUCUUCACUAACCGUUACAUUGCCCUCUCGGCCCUGUGCCGCGAGCAGAACCUCUGCUUCACGGACGGCAUCUCCCGGCAGCCCUUCUUCUCGGAAAGGGCCAUUGGGCGGCGGCGCAGGAUACUCCAGAAGAGCUUGGAAGACGCCUCAAAGACGGCAGACAGGCUGGUACUGGAGAACGCCGAGGCGGCCGGUUCGGGCAGCGGAUGGACCGCUGCGCAUACCCUGGAGACGACCCACGUGUCGAGACGCGCCAGCCUCGUCCAGUUCAUGGGCGAGGUGUUGUUGUACGACACUGGCAUUUCCAACAGCCGCUUCAGUCUCGCCGUGUCGUGGCUAGCCCACAUCAUCCAGGUGCCGGCGUGGCGCACCCCGUCCAACAUUGCGGCCCUGGAAAAGCUUGCUCGGAUUGCCAACGCAACCGACCAGGCCUCGGUGCCCAACAAGCCGUUCGUGGGCCUCGUCCAGCUCGCUCAAAAGUACUACUUUGACAAGCGCGUGGAGUGGAACGCACACGUGAUGAAGUACAAGGCGCGGCGGACCUUGUUCGAUGCCGUGACGCGGCCCGUCAAAGCCGAGAGGGACCUGAGGGACUCGCAAGGCCGGGCCAGCUGCUCCAUCUGCAAAGAGGGGUAUUACGCGUCGCCCGCCAACAUGACGGAGCACUCGCACCCGGGCGUCGACAUGCCUGACCAGGGGGAGCCGGCGUGGCAGAUGAGGGGCUGCCGGUGUGUCUUUGGGCGGCGCUGCCUGUUCAAGUGGAUCACGGACACGAGCACGGCGGCCAUGGAGUGUGAAUGCCCUGGCUGCGGCAGGCAAAUCUCGUCUCAAGAGUAUCAGCUGGUGGAAGCUAGCACGGGAUAUUCGAUCAGGGGCGAUCCUCCGGGUGACUUGUAG